AUGUUUUACGGCAGUUCACCCGUGAAGUGCGCUACUGCUAUCGAUAUUCCGGAUGUCCUACCCGCAGCCUUCGCGAGGAUGCUCGAAUACAUCUACACCGACGCGGUGAAUGUGACUAUCGACGACGUUUUCCCCACGAUGCAGUGUGCCGACAAGUACGACUUGCCCCGCCUGGCCGAUCGCUGCUACGACUUUAUCCUGAAAGAUCUGCGCAUCAACAACUGUUUGCUGCACGCACUGGAUUGGUCUAUUGAUAGUGACCCCGACAAUAGUAUUGUGGAGAACUGUCUGCACUUUGUGGAUUUAAACGGUCAGGAGGUCUUUGAUACCGAGUCCGAGCGCUUCGCUCAGCUGAAACACAGAACAGUGCGAAGGAUUCUAGAACGGGCGACGCUGCAGGCUGAUGAUACUCUCAUUUAUGCGGCUGUUGAUAAGUGGGCGAUGGCCGCCUGCGCCCGGAAUAAUCUGGAUCCGUCGGCGGCCAACCGGCGGAAGGUGCUGGGCGAUGUUCUGUACCUGAUCCGCUUCCCGCUGAUGACGGACAAGCAGCUGGCCGAUGGUCCCGCCGGCAGCGGUCUCCUGUCGCCUUCGGAAUUGUUAGAAAUCCACCUUUACAAGCACGCCACAACGAAGCGGCCCGUACAGUUUGCCACGCACCCCCGACACCCUCCGUUGAUCCAUGUCGGGGAUACGACAUUCGAGGACAGCGAAGAAGUCUUCCUGGAGGACUUAGUAAGACAUAUUUAA